AAGCGCCACUCCGCUGCCGUGCUCUCGGCCGGAGUGCCCAUAGAGAAGAAGAGCGAGAAGCGUCGUGAAAAGAGACCAAAGGGGAAUGAAGGAGUGUUCUGUAAUGGGUAAAAUAGUUAACGUCAGGCUUCGGGAACAACUCGCCGUUCACAACGGGCAAUGACUCGGCGCUCACUCGCGCGGCGGGCCCCUAUUUACUUGCGCGUUCCUGCUGUCCUCAGGUCGCGGGGUGCUCCGUCGUCGACGAGGUGCUGCCUACGUCCCGCUGUUCUGGUCGAGCCGCCGUCCGCCGUUCGCAUACAUAAAGAAGUUACCAUCCAUAAGGAAGAAGGGAAUGAGAACGAGCCGGAGAGUGAAGGAAGACGAGGGGGGGAGAAGUGCAAGAGAUGUCAGACGCGGCACAACCCGGGUACCGUUCCAUUCCGACGGUUGGACUUCGUGACGCCAUACCGGCCGUGAGAUUGAUCGCCGUUGCGCCGCUU